UAAUAAAGUAUUUUUUUUUUUGUUUUAUUACAGAACGACUUGGUAGAAUUGGUGAAUUUUCAAUGCAAGAUAUGAGAACGACUAAUUUAAGAUAUCCAGCGCAACGUGGACAAGUAACACCAAUAGAGGAUCAACAUUAUAUGUGUGGCGAAUGUGGAAAGGGUUAUAAAUGGAUGCACAAUUUACGGCGACAUCAACGUCAUGAAUGUCAAAAAUCACCAAAAUAUUUUUGUAAUUUGUGCAAUAAAACAUUUUACAGACGUUAUUUGUGGAAAAAUCAUGUACAAAUGAAACAUUCAUCUUGACGGAAUUCUGUUAUUCUUUAAUAAUACAAUUAAAAUAUUUAUAACAGUAAAUAUUAUAAUUUUUUUUUUUUUAAUGCACAAUAAAAGAUUUUAAAUAAAUUAUUAUAUAAUAAUAAAA